GAGAAAAAGAGAGAGAGAAUGAGAGUGGUGAUGGGAGGAGGAGAGAUGAUCAGAGAGAGUUGUGCACAGCUGGUGUGAAGGCACGCCGGAGGAGGUCAUCAACGGUUCUUAAGUGAAGCCGCUUCCGAACCCAGGACAUUUUCAAAUCUCUGGACCACUUGUGAACUUGCUGUUGCUACUUUCUUCUCAAGUAGCAUCCGGUCAUGGAGGCCAGAGCGCCAGAAGCGGGUGUUCCCCUCGCCGACCGUGACGCGGUCCACUGACAGCAUGGAGCCCGAGAGAGCUCACGCCCAGAGCAGCUUCUUCAACAAGGCGGACGUGCCCGACCACGCGCACUACGUGGUGGCCGUGUUCGUCCUGGUCAUCGGCACGCUGGGCGUCGCGGGCAACGCGCUGGUCAUGUUUGCGUUCUACAGCAACAAAAAGCUUCGCAGCCUGCCCAACUACUUCAUCAUGAACCUGGCUGUCAGCGACUUCCUUAUGGCCUUCACGCAGUCGCCCAUUUUCUUCAUCAACUGCCUGUACAAGGAAUGGGUGUUUGGAGAGAUGGGUUGUAAGAUGUACGCGUUCUGCGGCGCCCUGUUCGGCAUCGCCUCCAUGAUAAGCUUGUUGGCCAUCUCCAUCGACCGCUACCUGGUGAUCACCAAGCCGCUGCAGGCCAUCCACUGGAGCUCCAAAAGAAGGACCACCCUGGCCAUCGUCUCUGUCUGGCUCUACUCGCUGGCCUGGAGUCUGGCUCCUCUCGUUGGAUGGAGCUCUUACAUCCCAGAGGGCCUGAUGACAUCGUGCACUUGGGAUUACGUCACAUACACAGCGGCCAACAGGAGCUACACCAUGAUGCUGUGCUGCUUUGUCUUCUUCAUCCCGCUCCUCAUCAUUUUCUACUGCUACCUCUUCAUGUUUCUGGCUGUCAGGAAAACCAGCAGGGAAGUGGAGAGACUGGGCACCCAAGUGAGGAAAUCCACGUUAAUCCAUCAGAAAUCCAUCAGGAGCGAAUGGAAGCUGGCCAAGAUCGCCUUUGUGGUCAUUGUGGUUUAUGUCCUCUCCUGGUCGCCGUACGCCUGCGUCACCCUCAUUUCAUGGGCCGGCCAUGCCAACAUCUUAUCGCCAUACUCCAAGGCUGUUCCUGCUAUCAUAGCAAAGGCCUCCACAAUCUACAACCCUUUCAUCUAUGCCAUCAUUCAUAAUAAAUACAGGAUGACUCUGGCAGAGAUGUUUCCCUGCUUGUGGUUUCUGUCCCCCACUCCUCGAAAGGAGUGCAUCUCCUCCUCGUCCAUCAGCGAGUCCUCCUUCCGGGAUUCCAUCAUCAGUCGCCAGUCCACCGCUUCCAGGAAGCACUUCAUCGGCACGUCCUCCAAACCCACUGACAUGGUUCUGAGGGACGUGGAGAUGGAGCCUCUGGGCAGGAAGUCGGGCGCUUCUUUCAGGAGCAUGUCGUCCUACCAUCAGUCCAGCAGAAGCAGUUCCUACAGGAGGCCGUCGGAGCGGAAGACCACCCAUAAAGUGGAGAAGCAUCCAUCUACCAUGACUGAGUCAUCCAGCAACUGUGAGCAUGAACUGGUCUCUAGCACUCUCACCAGCGCCACUCUCCCCCUACUAGUUCUUACCAGGAGGCGUAGUCGCAGUCUGACCCACAAAGACUCGGAGAGGGACAAAACCGUUCCCGACAGGCCGCAAGGCUGCAAGAGCAAUUCGGCCGACUCCCUGUGCGUCGGACGAGCCUCGACCGCAGCGCCGCCCGCGUUGCCGCAGCAGCAGGCCGUCCCCCGAAUUGUGGUCAUCAGCCCCACGUCCGAGAGCAGACUGGUCCAGCAGGACAGCCUCUGCUUGGAGGAGGCGAUGGCAAACAACAUUUUGAUUAGUCUGAACUUUUCAUCUGAGGUGUUGGCGGCAGUGGAGUUGUUAUCCUGACCUUCUGGAGGACCGCUUCCGCUCUUCUCCCCCCUCAAAGUUGACUCGCUGCUACGGACAACAUUUUUCCAAAGGUUUCAUCUUGUUGUCCGCGGAGUUCAAUCGUUCAGUGAUUUGUUGUACCCAACUGACUUUGGGAAAAAGGCGUACAUUCCCCUGAGCUCCAAAUCUUCAACCCAGGACUAAUUGCCAGUGGUGGUCUCGGUGGUUGGGCAGAAAUCCAUCCCGUGCCAAGUCAGCUAUGUGAAAGAAAACACAACAAAUGAAGAAAAAAGGCAAUCAAAUCUACGGGUACUGAUAAAUAGGCCCUCACGCACGUGGACUGGAUGGAAAUGUACAGUGUUUGAGGGAAAUUAUAAAGUGAUUUCAGUGAUUGGUUUCUAAAUACAUUGUUUCGACAUACGUGCUGAAAAAAUGCGCAAAGGCUGAAGACAAUUUAGUCAUGAAUUGUUGAGAAAUAGCGUUAAACUCUUUUUCAUCAAGUCAGUUGUCCGGAUUUUGGGGGCGUGGCUAAAACCAAGUCCAAGUACACUCUUGGGCUUUCUGGCAUGAGUUGACCCUCCCCCACAAUGUAAGUCCCGAUCGCCUUCAUUUAAUCAAUGGCUAUCACGCACAUUCGCAAGUUACUUCGUAAUAUUAACUUCGCUGAUCUCUACCACUACAGCAUGCACUUACAGUAGCUAGCAAGCUAUGCCUACAACCCAAAAUAUGCAUAUUUCCUUAAGUGAUGUGUUUUGUGUUAUUCGGGCUACUGUGUGUCUGUUGUGUUGACCCGCGCACAGCGCAUGGGCGAGGCGGUGAAGCGUUAGACUACCCCGCCGCCGGACCGCUCGCUAGCACGCGAGCUCGCUGGCCUGCUAGCCCGCUGACCGACAGCAGGGGCGUCCAAUUCAUCACAAUUUACCAUCACCCAUCCGUCGACUAUAUCUGAGUCGAAAUCCGCUGCACUAAUGAGCAUGACUACGUGUGGAUGACAUGAUAGUUUGAAGUUGAACUUGCUCAAAUGUGGUUUUCUUUAUGGCUGGUGUUGCCAGACAAAAAUUCAAUACAUGUAUGUCAUUUAUUUAUAUAAACGUGAUAUAUGUAAACACAAGCGAAGCUUAAACAUUGGAUAUUGUCAUCUUUGGUGGCUGUGCGGUGACAUCGUGUGAUAUAAAAAUAAAAAAAAAGACAUUGUAGGCGCUUAAAGGUCCCACGGGUGCUUUGUCCCAGUCCCAUCCUGCCAUUCGCCCACAACGGGUGGAAGUGCUUUCACCUGUUUUGGCGGAAGUGGGUUCCGCAUAAACCGGAUAGCCAGCAAUUGAAUCAAUGCACUUGAAGGAGUCGAUUAAAGUAGGACCCUUGGAAACGGACAAAAUUCCCAGAAAACGUCUGCUGUGACGCAAAAUGGCUGGCUUCCUGUUUGAUUCACAGCAUCGGUUUUUGCCCAACUUGUCAUGAUAGACAUGGCUUAUUACUGUUCAUGUCACUGGCAAGCAAAAGUGAUAUGCCACGAUUUUCUCGUUAUUAGCGCUCCUUUUCCAAUAUGGACUUUUUUGGAAACGCAAUCAUAAAGAGGCUAUUGACACAAGUCCGCUGUGGGUAUGGUUAUUUAAUUUGUGUUGUCCUUUAAUGUCGAGUCCAUUGUGUGGAUGCAGUGUAUAAUAACUCUCCAUUAUGUCUGUGUAGGCAGUAAAAAUGCCCAUUUUUUUAUAUCAUGACUUUUUGCUUGUAAAGUGUUCAGUAUACUAAAAUAACAGAUGAAUAAAUAAGUAUUCAUUAAUUGACUCCACUGAAAAAUCACUUUUUCCACAGUAGCUCACGUGAAUAAGCUUUUUUUCUACGGGUUUACUGUUAUUUUUUGUUUCAAUCAUUUGAUACAAGUCCUGUUUUAUUUUUCUCGUUUUCCUUUCUUUCUUGAAACAAAAUACAGAUGAUGUUGCAAUGUUGCAUUUGUAUUCAGCACAUUUUCUCCCCAAACAUGCUGAUUUGCUGUCUUAAACGUUUGCUGCAGGCCUAAUAAAUGGUGAAACAUAUUUUCUUU